AUGGACGCCCUCGUUCAAGUCUUCACUCACUCGUUGGAUCCUAAUCCCAACUCUCGAAAAGCCGCCGAGCUCGAGCUAAAGAAAGUCGAGGCCCAAGAUGGCAUGCUAUCCUCCGUCUUUCAGAUUGUCGCUGCCACCCAAGUCGAUAUCUCAGUAAGGCAAGCUGCUGCCGUCUACUUCAAGAAUCGCGUCCGCCGGCAUUGGGACGCGACACCUGUGCGUGGCGCUCCAACGGCAGUAGUCAUCCCACAAGGCGACAGGGACGCCAUCAAGGCCAACAUCCUCCAGACGCUUGUCGACGCUCCGACACAAAUUCGUGUCCACGUCGCAAACGCACUCGGCACCAUCGCGAGAUGUGACUUUCCCGACCAGUGGCCCACACUCAUGGAUCAGAUCGGACAGCUGCUUCAGAGCCAGGAGCCACAGCAGGUCUACGGUGGUCUGCGCGCGCUUCUAGAAGUCGUGCGAGCCUACAGGUGGAACAACGGUGUCAAGAUGAUGGAGCAGCUUGCACCAGUUACUUUGCCACUCAUCCUGCAGACUGGCAGGAAUCUGCUCGACUCAGACAACGCCUCAUCUGCACAGGUCGGCGAGAUUCUCUAUGUCAUCCUCAAGGUCUACAAGACGUCCAUGCACGCAGAACUGACUAAGCACCAGCAAUCGCACGAAUCCAUCGUACCAUGGGGCACCUUCCUGCUGCAAGUCGUACAGAAGGAGAUCGACCCUUCGCAGCUGCCCUCGGACGACGACGCCAAGGAGGUCGCUCCCUGGUGGAAGGCAAAGAAGUGGGCGUUCCACUCGCUCAACAAGCUCUUCUCCCGCUACGGAAACCCAUCGCAACUGCCCUCGGACAUGAAGAACUACAAGCCCUUCGCCGACAACUUCGUCCAGACCUUCGCUCCCGAGAUCCUCAAAGUAUACCUCCGCAUCGCUGACGCCAACAGCCAGGGCAAGAUGUGGAUCUCCAAGAAAGCCUUCUACUUCCUCUGCAUGUUCUUCACCGAAUGCGUCAAGCCCAAGGCCACCUGGGCGCUGCUCAAGCCGCACGUCCUUCAACUCACACAGUCGUUCAUCUUCCCGCGCCUCUGCUUCAGCGAGGAAGACGACGAGCUGUGGGAGCUCGAUGCCGUCGAUUUCGUCCGUGCCAACCUCGACCCUUUCGAAGAGAUCGGCUCCAUCUCUGGCUCAGCAGCCACGUUCGUCCAGACCGUCGCCUCCAAGCGAACUAAGACGUCGUUCAUGCCUCUGCUCGAGUUCGUCACCUCGGUGGUCAACGCCUAUCCCGCGCAGAGGAGCGCCAAGGAGAAAGACGGAGCGUUCCACCUCUGCCGUGCGAUGGAUCUCACCAUGGUUAACCACGAAAAGGUGUCUGGCAUGCUCGACUCGUUCUUUGCGCAGCACGUGAUCCCAGAGAUGAAGAGCGAGCACAAGUUCCUUCGAUACCGCGCCUGCGACCUGGUCAAGGCGUUCGACCUUCAAGGCGUGCAGUGGAGCGAUAAUGCGACGCUCGAAGCCGCUUUCCGCGGUGUUAUGGACUGCAUCGGCGACGCCGAAUUGCCCGUCCGUGUGGUGGCUGCCGAAGCCAUCGGCUCGCUCAUCGAUCACGACGAGGUGCACGCCGCCAUGGCGCCCAACGCAGCGCGUCUCAUGCAGGAGCUCCUCAAGCUGUCCGACGAGACGGACCUCGACAUUCUCUCUCCGACCAAAUCCAAAGUCGUCGCCAACUUUGGCGAAGAACUGCUUCCCUUCUCGAUCCAGCUCACCGAGCAGAUGGCCGAGUCGUACCUGCGUCUGGUCAACGAGAACCUCGAGAGCGCGGACCGCGAUCCGGACGGAACCAUGGAGCUCAACGUGGACAACCACGAGGACGACAAGUUGUUCGCCGCCAUGGGCUGCCUCAACACCAUCUUCCAGAUCAUCGCCUCCGCCGAGUCCAAACCGGACAUCCUCGAAAAGCUCGAAAGUGUCGUUCUGCCCAUCGUCGCCUUCACGUUGGAAAAGGACUGCGUCGAGCUGUUCGACGACUGCCUCGAGUUGACCGACACGCUGACGUACUACCAGAAGAAGGUCAGCCCGGGCAUGUGGCACAUCUUUACGUUGAUCUACAAGAGCUUCAAGGGACCAGGGAUUGAUUAUUUGAGCGAGAUGCUGCCGACGAUCGACAACUGCGUCUCGUACGGUGUCGAGGUGGUGCAGGCGUCGGCGGAGUACAAGUCGAUGUUGGUGGAUAUCUUUUUGACGGCGAUGACGUCGGAUCAGUUGGGCAUGACGGAUCAGGUGGCGGCGUGCAAGUUGGCGGAUGUGAUUCUGUUGUUGUUGCGCGGUGGGGUGGACGAGGCGUUGGCGCGCAUUGUGCAGGCUGUGCUGCCACACACGGUGGAUGAGGAGAAGAUCAAGGCGGACGUGCGCAAAUGGUCGAUCAUCGUGGUGCUCGAUGCGCUGGUCUACAACGCGGGGGCGACGCUGCAGGUGCUCGAAGCAGCGAACGCCACCACGGCGCUGUUCGGCGCGAUCACGUCGUUGCUGCCCAAGCUGACACGCGUGCACGAGAAGAAGGUCGCCUCGUCGGCCAUCAUCCAACUGCUCGCGCUCGAACCUGCCUCGCUGCCCCCGGCGCUGCAGAACAACCUCGCGCCCUUCCUCGUCGCCCUCGCCACCCAGCUCGACGGUCUUCCGGAAGCCAUCAAGAAGCGCAACGAGCUGCUCGAGGCCUUCGAGAACGACGAAGACGAGGAGGACGAAGACGAAACCUCCUUCGCCUCGUCCUCCGCGCCCAACGUCGACACGUCCGGCUUUGAGGACGUCGACGACGACAAGGACGUGGUGGACGAAGACAACGAGUAUCUCGAGAUGUUUGCGCGCGAGCGGGCCAAGCUGCGCGCGCGAGCCAACGGCGAGGAGCUCGAAGACGAUGAUGAGGAGGACGACUUUGAGGAGGAUGACGAGGAGGACGAGCUGAGCUACGAGAGCCCCAUGGAUGCCGUGCCGGUGUUCGAGCAGUUCAGGGCGCUCUUGUCGAGCUAUCAGACGCAAAGGCCGGAGGUAUGGGAGAGGAUCACGAGCCAGUUGACGCCGGAUCAGAUGCAGUUGAUUCAGCAGGCGAGCCAGGGCAAGGAUGAGCGCGUCAAGACGUUGUAG